CCAUUUUUUUUUUUUAAAGAAAGAUUCUAAUACAUAGAAAACAGUGCACAGAAAGAUGCAAAUAUUUCCAUGAACGUACUGGCUGAACUGAUAACAUUGUGUAUCUGAUACGCAUGUACACCCACCGAUAUCACCCACACCAUAUCAGCGAGUGACUAAUUCACAGAUCGAUAGAAAUAUAUUUCGCUGUCUUAUCGACGAUCAUUCGUGGUUCGCGCGUUGCGUGUUAAACUGUUGCGCAAAGAGUAUAAAUAUUCUUUUCCGGCAUCUCCCCACUUUCAACUAUUGCACUCAAGGAAGUUCAACGGUUAGUCUUCCUGCAACAUGUCGUUGCAAACGUUUUUCAUAAUGUUCGACAAACCGAACGCCGUGUACGUUGCCGGUGAAACUGUCAGUGGAAAAAUUGUGCUGCAACUUGGUCAAGAAAAGAAGGUCAGAGGAUUGCUCUUGUCCGUCAGAGGAGAAUCCCGCGUUCAUUGGACGGAAUCAAGGACCGUAAGGGACUCCAAAGGACACAACACUACUCGUCACGACACCUACACCAAUUCGGAAAAAUAUUUCAACUUUGAAUUCAGCAUCGUAGGCUCCUCGAGAUCUGACUCACGAACGAUCAUUGCUGCGGGUUACUACGAAUAUCCCUUCAGAUUCGAACUGCCGUACAAUAUACCCAGUAGUUUUGAGCAUCAGUAUGGGCAUGUAAGGUACACCGUGAAGGCUGUGAUCGACAGGCCGUGGAAGUUUGAUCAUGAGACCAAGCGUGCUUUCACUGUUGUUGCGACGCUGGAUCUGAACGACUGUCGAGCGCAAUGCCUAGGAAUCAACGACGACAUCCACAACGAGUUCUACAACUGCUGUUGUUGCUGCAGUAACGGUUCAAUGGACGUGCAGGUUCAACUGCCAGUUUCCGGGUACGUUCCAGGGCAAACGAUAAACACAUGGUGUAGCUAUAACAAUUGCUCGAGCAGUGUUCAAAUAACAAAAAUCUGCGUGAAACUCAUGCGGUUAAUCUCGUUUUACUCGAGUUCGCCGAGUUCGAAGGUAAAGCGUGAGAGUAAUGAAAUUAAGUCGACAACGUACUCGGGACCCUUUACUAACCGUGGAGAGGCGGUGAUGGACAUUUUGGUACCACCUAUACCUCCGUCCAAUUUGCAGUUUUGUAAUAUUAUAGACUUGAAGUACACCUUGGCCGUCGUUGUUCACGUUUCUGGCUUGCAUCAGAAGAUCGUGAAAGACUACGUUAUAUUGAUUGGAACCACGCCAUUAUACAUCGAACAAGGACCCUCAGCAAUGCCAAUGCCAACACUUAGGCCCUCAGCUCCUCUUGAUGAUCAAAAAGCAAGAGCUUCUUCUUCGAGUACUGAUCACCCUAUCGGUUUUGUUCCUCCGGCCGAACCUAGCACUUCUAACAACUGGAAUAUACCACCUCCAUCUUACGAGGAAUGUGUGUCAAAGGCUGAUAACAUUAAGGACUCCGACGAAUCGAGUUACGUUAUCGGUGCGAACGAUCCCUUCGCACCUAGGUACCCUGUGUUCAAUUACCCAGCACCCAGUAUACAUGGUCGAUAAAUAAAAUGAAAGCUUCAAGUAUAUAUUAACUUGAAGUUAAUUAAAAAUCUACCUCCAGAUUUCUUUAGGACACAGUUUCCUGGUACUCAUCUUUAUACUUUCUAUUUAUGGAAAUGUAUUUAAGUAAACAUUUAUAUGUAUUUAAGUAAACA